AUGUCCUCGGACUUUUUCAACACCACCGACAUAGCUGAGGACCCCAACGCCCCUCCCAUACGUGCAGCUUCGGGUGCAGUGCCGAUUUGUCCCAAGCCGAAGGGAAUCAUCGCUGUGACACGCACGUACUCUCAGCCCGUUAGCUCGGGUACACAUAAGGGGUGGCAAAGGCCUCAGUACACAUUGGAUUCUGACCCAGGAGACGAUACGCGCGACUGUGAGUCAAUUACGUCAAGGGAUACGUUUGAUUCAGUGAGCAAGGGCUCCAAUAGCAGCACGGUCUGUGAGGAUAGACGACGGAAGCAG